AUGGGCGACCGCGCGUUGUCUCUUCUCUUCUCUUUUCUCCCCUGCCCUUCUCCCGUCUCCGAGACUAUCAACACCGCCGUCGGUGACGAGAACAAGGAAUCUGCCAGCUCGCCCCUCUUCUCCCCUCCUCCUCCUCCUUCGCCUUCUCUGCCUCCUAUCGCGCCCUUCCCCGCCAUCACUGCCAAACCCGCCAGCGAGAAGGUCUACCUCGGCCUCCGACUCUUUGGUAUCCGUGGUCCAACCGUACCCUCUCCGGUCGUAAGCGCACAGCCUAAGAAGCCUAGCGACAAGGUCCGCCUCGGACUCCUAAUGCCUGGCAUCCGUACCCCCGCCCUCCUCCCCAACGCUCAGCCUGAGAAGACCUGCGACAAGUCCAAGCCCAAGGCGAGGUCUUCAGCUCAUACCACCACUACCAACAUCUUCAAGGCGACCAGGAUCCGGGCAUGGAGAAGAAGAGGCAUGUUGAGGCUUGCAAGCAGCGCCAGAACAAGCGCUCUCGCUUCCCUCUUCACAUCUCCCGCCGAGGGUGCCAUGAACGAUGUGAUUGACCUCACUCUCAUAGAUUCCCCUCCUUCCUCUCCGUCUCCUGUUGCCGCCACCUACACCAACACCACCAGUGACGACAGCGGCAUUGUGUGCCUUUCGACUCCUGUUAAUACCUCCUCCGUCGUUGGUCAACGCGACAGCUCUAGCGACAGGCCCAAGGCCAAGGCUCGUUCUUCCGCUCACGCCAACAUGUCCAACACCAUCAAGGCCAGCGGGAGUCAGAGUCCAAGCGGGGACAAAAAGACGCACGCCAAGGGGUGUAAGCACAAGAGUAACUCUUGCGAGUACUGCAAGCGGCGUCAGAUCAAGUGCGACCGCGACGAGUUCAAAGCUUGUACCGCCUGCUUCAAGAAGGGGAUCGAAUGUGUCUACAACAUCGUCCCAGGCAAGCGCGGGGCGUUGAAGGCGUCGCAAGAGGGUGCCGCUAUGGGACGUACUCUCUCGGGUAGCGUCAUCAACUGCGGUUUGCCCUCUACCCCUCGCCUCUCCUCUUCGCCGAGCAGCAAUGCCUCAGUUGCCAUCCUCACCCCUCCUCGCGCCGCCAGCCUCUAUGCCCAGUUGGCGUCGACCUCCUCCGCCAACUGCAACAUUGUUGCUGCGCCUUCUGCCCCCUUUUGCCCCCGGCAGCUUCUUCUGGCGCUUCUGCCCCUACCCAGCUUCCCGCUUCUGCUGCUGCUGGUCCGAUCGCACUACAAAUUUGAAUCAGUAUAUGGCUCAUAA